AUGCCUCGGUGUUUCUUGAAGUCUGUGAAACCUCUUCAGUUCCGUUCCAUACAGGAAUACGGAAAUAAUUGCGUAGAAAGUGACGUGAAGCCGGGACGCCUGCCGAAGCCCCAAGCUUUCAAGCGGCAGAAGACUCUCUUGAAAUGCAACGAGACGGUCUACCACGACAAGGUGCCGAUCUCCACCCGGUUCUACCUGCAGCUGCUGAAACGGAGCCAGUUCCUGAGCUCUUUCGUCGACACGGAGACCUAUGAUUACGCUUCGGAGAGUGAGAGGACGAACGACUCGCCGGACUCGAAGAGAACCAUCGCCCCAAGCAGAAAGGACUCCGACAAGUCCACGUACAACCUCCGCUCGAUGGAAUCGAAGUCUGAGCGGAAAAUCUUCACGGAGAGGACCCGAGCGCAGAGGAAGAUGAAAAACUCCAACGUAGCUAACGUACAGCAGAUGUUCAAUCCCUCCGCCGAGCUGAAGCUAAAUGAGGUGAAGAAGAAGAAACUGAGAAAGGAACCGCUCGCGCCGAUCAUAGAGGAAAUCAAGAAUAGGGAAAUGCUGAAGUGUUCCAACCGAGGGGGCACGGAGAUCGAUAAGAUUGCUGAGAAACUGAAGAAUCUGGUGAAGACGCAUGCUGACGAGAGGCUGAACAAGGAGCUGUUGUAUUGCAAAGAAUCGUUCGACGAGAAGAAUCUGGAGCCGCCUCCGAAAUUGGAAGAAAAGCUUAGCGAGGAAUUAAAAGAUUGUCAGCCGGCUCAAAGCAAGCCCGAUUGGACGGAGCGGCGGGUUAGGGCGAGCCACGUUUGCUCUUAUUGCGGCAAGGGCUUCGACAGGCCCUGGGUCCUCAAGGGCCACUUGCGCCUCCACACGGGCGAGAGGCCCUUCCCCUGCCCACAGCCUACCUGCGGAAGGACCUUCUCGGACAGGUCGAACCUGCGCGCCCACCAGCGCACGCGCGGCCACCACUCGUGGCAGUGGCGUUGCAGCGAGUGUGGCAAGGCGUUCAGCCAGCGGCGCUACCUCGAGAGGCACAGGGACGACGCUUGCCGCAAGUACAGGAUGCAUUCGCGCAACGGUACAAAGUACAAUCGCGCGCACGGCGCCAAAUCGGACCCGAUCGACGCGAUGGCCGCCCCGCCAGUGCCCCUAUACGGCAUCGUGUGCCACGGCGGCUCCAGCCAGCCGAGGUACAGUCCCCACGAGUUCAUUGACCCCCACCCCGAAGACGCCCACGACCAGCCCAUAGACCUGUCCAUUGGCAGGAGACAUGCAGACGUU